AUGUCGCGACCAACGUCAGGCGUGACCACGCCUCCGCGCUCCACGAGGUCCAGAACUCACAGCAUAUCCAGUGACAGGCCGUCUCUGUUUGCUUCCGGCCUAAUGUCUCCACCUCUUUCCGUCUCGCCCGAAGCGGCUUUCAUCGCUGCCUCGGCAGCCUCACAGAUUGUCACUAAUGAUCAUGAUGCGCACGCCGAGAAGUGGUACGAUGACCAUGGAAUGGAAAUGCCCAGAGAGACAGCGCUGGUCACCCUCACAGCGUUGCAGCUUGUUAACAAUUUCCUGGAUCAACUACUGUUCAACAUUCUUUCUGUUUCCCGCUCUACGGCUCUAAACUCCCUUCGACCUGCGGUUACCGAAGUACUAAAGCCUAAACUCGCCAAGGACGCCAUCAACCAGGCCGACGAGGAACUCCGUGAAUAUCUUGGAGGUGGCGACGAAGAUGAGCUUCUCCUACCUCAUGGUUCCGAAGCCUCCCGCGACUGGGAUCUUGAGUUGGUUUGGAAGCGAACUCGACUGAGGUGCAUGGUAUACUCGUCUCUGGGAGACUUGGAAGAGGAGGAUGAAGAUUAUUUCAUGGAGCAAGAAGGACUCGAAAUUGGCAGCGACGAACAGCCCGACGAUGUUAUUUCCCCAGCAGUAGCCAUUUUCCUGACAUCUAUUCUAGAAUAUAUGGGAGAGCAGGCCCUGGUCGUUGCUGGCCAAGGCGCCUAUCACCGACUCCAAGCCCGCCUCGAGAAGGAGCUCAAGGAUGGAGCAAGAGACGUCAACGAUAUCGUAGACCGCGUCGUCGUCGACGAUCUUGACAUGGAUCGAGUAGCGCUUGACAGGACUUUGGGUCGGCUCUGGCGUGGUUGGAAAAAGAGGAUUCGGUCCCCCACUUUCGAGUCGCGGCCUUUUUCCAGGGGUUCGAUGCGAAGCUCCCAUUUCAGGCAAAGCAGCACCGUUCCCAUUGAACAGCCAGUGCCAGAGAUGGGUCCAGAUGAGGCUGAGACCGAUGAGACCGACAAGGAACCUCCUGAACAAGAGCUUGACCCAGAGAUUCUCGCUCCCUCUAUUCCACUUCCGAUCACCGAACGCGAUAUCGAUGAGAUUGAAGUACCAGGGCUUGCGGUCUACAGUGAUGAUGAAGACGAAGACGAGGCCGGAUACGACGAUGAAGUCAUGACGAAGAGACCAGUUAGCAUGGUUUCGAUGCCAUAUCGUAUCCCAAUCGGUCUCGCGAUCUCGGAAAAUUUCUACGUUGAUGUGCCCGUCGCUGAGCCCCUCAAGAGGUCCACUUCCAACCCCAAUCUCCCUUCUGUUGCCCUGUGGGCGAGACGCCGUCGGCUCGCCUUGGACCUUGAUCUAGGAACUGUCGACAAUACGGCGAACCUGGCUGAGGACGCUGACGAGCCUGAAACAGGACUCGAAACUGCGAGCCCCACAAGCCAGGCCAGCGACGUAUACCAAGAAGAGACGAGAGAGUACUCCGCUACUGAGACAAGCUCCGUACCCGAGAUCCAGGGCCGCAAUGAUGAAGCUGGCGAUUUCGAGAUUCUCACCUCGUCGAGAGUUUCUAUUUCGCCUUCGCUCUCCGGGUCUGAUGCGGCACAUUCGAGAAGCUCUAGUCGCCAGGCCACCCGGCCAGCUAGCAUGUCUUCACCCCGCUUGAUCGAAGUCGUCGGGCCCAAGAGCCCGGUAACGAGGUCGCCCAUCGAGGCGGAGGUAGCAGAACAAUACCCACCAACUAACAACUACCCCAAUCAGCAGGACCGGCCUCAGGCGGUGGAGACCAUUUUCCGGUCCCCAAUUGCUAGCCCUAUGUCUACUGUCGGGCGGUCUAGCCGGGCCGGCCGUACUUUUUUCAACUCGUCAAUUGACGAAGCGGAGGAAUAUCAUGAUGCCUUGUCGAUCCCUGCCGAGUCUACGCUGAGGUCUGCCGGCCUUGCUCAAGCCGGGGAGACGACGGAGGCUAAGCACUCACCCGCCGUAUUUGGAUCGUCGAAACGGCAUCCCAAGGUCCCAUCUCCCACUCAAGAGCAGCCGCAUUCCGGCACAAAGGUUACAAUUAUCGGUACAUCCAAUUCCGACGGUCGAUUCAUCCAAACCGCUUCUCCCGAAGUGCCCUAUAAGGAACCGGUGCCUAACCGUAGCUAUCCUCUCCAAAGCCACGACCGCAGCGUGCCGAUCGCUAAGUCGCCCGCCGCACCUGCGAGCAUUGGAAUGGUAUCGGUGGAACGACCCACCACAAGGCCGGAUACCAGCGAUCUGCCACAGCUCGCCACAUCGAACAUUGCACCACGGCAAAUUCAUACGUCAGGCUCUUCUGUCUCCUCUGGUACCAGCAGGCUAAAGCCGGUACGGACAUCAGAGGAGAGCGGCAGUGCUCGACCCGAGGAUGUUGCGCGUAACUUUGAACAACUUAUCCAUAGUGAUGAGACGAUCCAAUACACCUUGACCCCUGAAGGCGUGCGCGAUAUUGAUUCCUCGUCUUUGCACAGCAGCCCUGUAUUAGCAUCCAAGUCUAGGAAGAGCGAUGAUGUUAAGCGCAUUAACACUAACCGCUCUCGCUCGUCGAGCAACUCCGGAUCAGCAAAGAGAGUCGGCGGCGUGUCGACCGAAGUCAGCCGCUCGAAUGCCGCCUCGUCCUAUCCUCCUAAUGGAAGUGCACCUAAGCUCUCCGGGCCCGUUCCACGCGCACCCGCAUUGGGACUGGUUUCAUCUCGCGGUUCAAAUGCACAAGCCCGCGAGGCCCGAAUCCCUCGUGAAUCCAUGGCUGAAUUCGCCGAUUUCAUUCGUUCCACCGGCCCGAUCGGAGGUGAUAACGGCCCGGUUCCGGUCCGACCUGCGGCCGGAUCUGUUACCUCAGCGAAGAAUAGUAUCGACACCCGUCGGCCCUCAACGACGAGCACAAGAAACCGUCCGCGACUCCUGGCUCGGGAUGCUACCGCAGAUACGCGAGAAGAUAAUUCCGAUCUUAUUGACUUUAUUCGCAGGGGCCCCAGCGGACCAGGCGACCACCGAAUCCCGCGUGCAGUUGCUCCGUUCCGAACAACAAUGGAUUCUGAUCAGAUGUCUGGGGCGGUUGGUGGCAAGGCCGUCGAUGCCACACUUCCUAACAUUCGAUAUAGCCAAGCGUCUACAAGCGUCACGGAUAUGGCACCCUCGAUGCAUUCUUCUAUCAACUCUCAGAGCGCUCUGCUGAAGAGCAAGCCCUCGUAUCAGACCUCAUCCUUCGACGAGGAGGAUUCGAUGCCGAUUCCGAAGCGAAAGACCCGUAGAGUUCGCGAUCCCUAUGCUAUUGACUUUAGUGAUGAAGAGGAUGAUCAAGUUUUUGCCCAGCCGGCUAGACCGGCAAAGAGAGAGGAGAGCUUGGCCGAAUUCCUCCUCAACUACGAACCUCCUCCAGAGCCGGUACAGAAUAUCCCACCACCGGUCCAGACCAAGCUGGCCAAGCCCAAGAAGAAAUCGAGCACGAGCAACCUCAUGGGUCGAUUCACACGCAGUAGUAGCAGCCACAGUAACAACCAUCAUGCGGCCAACAACUCUAGCACACUUCCGCCGCUGCCGCGGACAAACAGUACCAGCAGCGGCAAGGGGUACAUACCUAUCCAGGUCAACAUGCCAAGUGGAUACGACAAGUAUGGGCCCGUCGACUCGAGUGCAGCGAAGACUUCGUCUUCUCCAGGAACCGUUAGGGUGCCGCGGAAGAGGUUUGAGCCACGAGAGGCUGUCUCUACUCAUUCCAGCUCGGCUACUUCAGAUCUAGCUGCCUUCCUGCGAAGCUCUGGGCCGCCCUCCGCUAGUGGACCCCGAUAUGCCUCCGGCAGGUGA